AUGCCUCCUCGGCGCGCUUCGAAGCGAUUAAAGAUUCAAAAAUCCAGUACAGCUCGAAACAAUGCGAUAUCCGACAGCCCGAACGCGAGCGAGGCUCUGACUACCACCGGGUUUCUGUCCUUGCCACUUGAGCUCAUUUUCGAGGUCCUCCAAUAUCUAUAUCCCAAAGAUUUAUCGAGCCUUGUAUACAUCAACAAGUGGCUCCGCGCUCUGCUCUCCCGCGAAACUUCUGAUUCUCUGUGGAAAACGGCCAUACGACACGGUCUCCACUUCCUCAGCUGUCCCAAAGGGAUUUAUCACCUUUACUAUGUGAGACUUAUGACAGAAAAUUUCUGCCAGAACUGCCUUUCCGAAGAGCUUACUCAAAUUUAUAUCCCCACACACGUGCGCCUCUGUGACAAUUGCGUCGACGACUUAUUUUACAAAGCCCCGUCGAGCCCUCAGGGAAUCAGUAAAGAUGUCUGGAAAAAAGCCACGUCUGUCAUAGGAGUCCCCAUUCAACGCGGGGACAAACGGAUCGUUCUUGUUCACAAAGUCUUCGUCGCGCACCUACGCAAGCUCUUCCGAUCGCUCUCCCCAUUAAAUCAGGAGUGCCAUGUUCUUGAUAUGAGAAGCCAAUUAGACCCCAGGUUCAUUCUCUGGGUGAGACAAGUGAACAUGCGCAGGGUCCAAGGACGCAAGGCCUUGAUCGAGAGGAAACGAAAGGCAGACCAAUUGGCCAUCAAGCAAAGAUACAAAGCGAUCAGCAAACGCCUCAAUGGUAUGGGCUACCAAGAGCUAGUUGCUAUGUACGAGGUGAACCGAGCACUAGGAGACCAUCAUUUCGUCAACGUUCCCCGCAAUCUGGAUGACAACGAAUGGCUCCGCAUUCAAGACGUCGUCGUGCAAUACAUGGAAGACGUUCGAACGGUCUUGGUUCUCCAAAGCCGAUUUAGCGAGUUGGUGUUGCGACUGAAUUUGAUGGCUCGCGAGCUCCCCGAUAUUGUAUACAACAACUACGUCGACAUCUUGCUCUUUCCUGAAGCCCAGAAAGUUCUCAACGUGCCGAUUUCCGAAGACAUAGCGCAGUCUUCCAUGGAUCGACUGUGUAAGACGGUUCCCAAGUUGUUGUCCAAGUGGCGUCUGUCGAAGGAGGCCCGCCUGGUCAAAUCGCUGGCUGCGUUCGCGCCUAUCCACAAAAAGUACAAGACGCUCGACCACCCCGCGGCCAUCUUCGCUUGCACAGAAUGCAAGGGAUAUUUUCCGUUCUCGGCCAUGUUCGCGCAUUCGUGCCUGAACGCUGUUUUCCGUCCUGUCGCCAUUGGGCCGAAUUUGGGAUGCUCUGUGUACGAAUACGCCGCGAAGUGGGCGCUCGGGCGAGAGCCGUGGUCUUCAGAGCACCUGGGGGUUUCUCCCAUCUCGGAGCGGGUGAGAGACAUCAUGCGCGCUGGCGGCAUCAACCCCGAGAAGGCGACAUGGGGGGACAUGUACAAGAAGGACGCCCGGAUUCAGUGCAUUGCGUGUGAGCCUAAAAUCGAUCACGCUCUGACUAGUCACGGCCUCGGCGAAAUCAAAUGGGUCAAAGCGAGCGACGCUGCAUCUGCAUUGGCACGUCGAUUGGAACAGCAGACAGAUGCGCUGUCCCGUAAAGAGUGGGCCACGAAAGCGAAGAAGAUGAAGGAUAUACCCGGGAAGAUCGAGUUGAGACACGACGUACCGAGGAGUGAUCCUAGAGUGUCUCCCUACGCGCCUCUACCUGUAUCCAUAUUGCCAGAAGGUGAGACCAAGUUCAAAGUCAAAGAGUACACGUGGUUGCGCAAGGGGCUUGCGGGGGUGUUGGGGACUGAUUAG